AUUUAAAAACAGCAGCACGGUUGCUCUGAGCAACAAAACAGCUCUGACUCUGGAAACAUCUUCAUCUAUGUUUGGAAGAAUGGGAUCUCCAAGAAAGCGUGCAACACCUCGCAGAGUCAACAUUGGUUCCCCUGGUAACGAUGUGGAUUCCCCACUUCCUCCCAUCCAUGAGCGCCUUGCAUACCUCCGUCCUUCCAGGGAGCUGCUGGAGUUCUACAGACAGAAGAUAGCCCAGUAUGAUGAUGAACAUGAAGAGCUUUUGCAAAUGCUCGAGAAAUAUAAAAGCAUCACAGAUGACCAGCACAAACUGCAGUUUGACAUACGACAGCGGGAAGGAGAGAUUGCAGAGCUUCAAAAUGCCCUGAGUGACAUGCAGGUCUACCUUUUCCAGGAAAGAGAGCAGUCUCUACGACUUUAUGCAGAAAAUGACAGACUGAAGAUCAGAGAGUUGGAGGACAGGAAAAAGAUCCAACACCUUCUUGCUCUUGUUGGUCCUGAUGCAGGGGAGAUUACAUACUUCCACCAGGAGCCUCCUCAUAAGGUUACGAUUACUCAGAGGCUCCCCGAGUCCAGAUUUGAUGAAAAUCUCAGUCUAAGGCCAACAAAGUUAAGAACAGCUUCGGCUGCAAAAGAGCUAUUCAGGAAAAGCAAAGCAGUUGGUGUUUCUAAUGGUGAGAGCUUGGAACAGUGUAAGCGCGAUAACCAGACGCUGCUGUUACAGGUGGAGGCCCUGCAGGCUCAGAUGGAGGAACAGACACGUCUGAACAAAGAACAGGUGGAAGCUCUCCUGGAGGAUCGUAGGAUCAAAACAGAGGAAGCUCAGGCACAACGACAGAGAGACCAGGAAUGCAUUGCUGCGCUGAAUCAGAAGCUCCAGCAGACUCAGAACCUGUUGCAUGAAAGCACAAAAGACUUCUUACAGCUAAAAUUUGACGCUCGGGCCCAGGAGAAAAGCUGGAUGGUAGAAAAAGAUCGACUGUUGAGAGAGCUAGACUCAUUCCACAACCGAAUGAGAAAGACUGGGUUCAGUGGCGCUGACCUGGGAAGAUCAGGGCAGCCCAGCAGCAGCAGAUCAGCUCCUGUGAUGCCUCGAACGCAACCAGAGCUGGCACAGCCACAUAAAGAGGAGAGAAAGGCUCUACAGGAGGAACUGAAACAAGCUCACAGGUUGGCAGAGAUGUACAGGGAGCAGUGUAUCACUAUGGAGACCGAACUGUCCCAGAUCAGAGAGGAAGGAGACGUAGGCAGAGAAAUAUUUAAGGAGCGUUCAGAAAAAAUGGCCAAGCGUCUCCAGCUCAUGACUCAGCGCUACAAGGCUUUGGAGAAGAGAAGGGCCAUGGAGGUGGAGGGUUUCAAGACGGAUUUGAAACACCUCAGACAAAAGCUCAAAGAUGUGGAGAACCAGCUUGUCAAGGUCACCUUGAGUAUUGGGCCCAACCAGGACCUAGCCAUUUUAAAUGAAGUACGGCAAACCAACUCGAGGACAAAAAAAGUUCAGAAUGAGCUGGUGGCUCUGAAAGCCAAAAUUUAUGGACUUGAAAAUGAGCUGAGAUUUAGCUGAAGAAUGUUUUUUUU